GGUCAAGGUCUUACCCACUUAAAUAUGUGUAACACACCGACUUACUGUGACCUAGGAAAGGCUGCCAAGGAUGUCUUCAAUAAAGGAUAUGGAUUUGGCAUGGUUAAAAUAGAUCUGAAAACCAAGUCCUGUAGUGGAGUGGAAUUUUCUACUUCUGGUCAUGCUUACACUGAUACAGGGAAAGCGUCAGGCAACCUAGAGACCAAAUAUAAGGUCUGUAACUAUGGACUUACCUUCACCCAGAAAUGGAACACAGACAAUACUCUCGGAACAGAAAUUUCUUUGGAGAAUAAGUUGGCUGAAGGGUUGAAACUGACUCUUGAUACCAUAUUUGUACCGAACACAGGAAAGAAGAGUGGAAAAUUGAAGGCCUCUUAUAAACGGGAUUGUUUCAGUCUUGGCAGUAAUGUUGAUAUGGAUUUUUCUGGACCAACCAUCUAUGGCUGGGCUGUGUUAGCCUUUGAGGGUUGGCUUGCUGGCUAUCAGAUGAGUUUUGACACAGCCAAAUCCAAACUGUCACAGAAUAAUUUUGCCCUGGGUUAUAAGGCUGCAGACUUCNAGCUGCACACUCAUGUGAAUGAUGGCACUGAAUUUGGAGGGUCUAUCUACCAGAAGGUUAACGAGAAGAUUGAAACGUCAAUAAAUCUUGCUUGGACGGCUGGCAGUAACAAUACCUGUUUUGGCAUCACUGCUAAAUACAAGCUGGAUUGUAGAACUUCUCUAUCUGCUAAAGUAAAUAAUGCCAGCCUGAUUGGACUGGGUUAUAGUCAGACCCUUCAACCUGGUGUCAAACUGACCCUAUCAGCUUUAAUCGACGGAAAGAACUUCAAAGCAGGAGGUCACAAGGUUGGGUUGGGAUUUGAACUAGAAGCUUAA